UCUGUUGUGUACUUUUCUGUUGCAACUUCCCCACUACUAUCAUUUAAAUUAAUUAAUUUAUUAUUUCACUUGGAUAAACCAAACCCUAGCUGCUUUCAUUUAAAAAAAAAAAAAAACUAUCAUCAAUCAAUGGCGCCGACUAAGCGUAAAAACCACGCCGAGAGUCAAACCCAAACCACCACCACCACCACCACAACGAGAGUCACUCGAAGCUCCACGCGCCAAUCCACCAAACAGGGUGGUGCUGAUGGUGAUGGUGGGACUACCAAGCCGGUACCCAAGACUAAAAAAGCUAAACCUACUCCAAAACAGAACCCAGAACCCAAGAAACCUAAAACCGCUGAACCAGAAGCACCCCCACACCCGGAGGCUGAUGCUGAGAAGGAUAACGCUGCAAAUGGGUCUAAGACAGUUGUCAUUGAACACUGCAAACAGUGCAACCAGUUUAAAAUAAGGGCUGAAAAGGUGAAGCUUGGUUUGGAGAAAGCCGUGCCUGGCAUUACUGUGAUCGUCAACCCAGAGAAGCCAAGAAGGGGGUGCUUUGAAGUGCGCAAAGAAGGUGGCAAGAAGUUCAUCAGUCUUCUGGAAAUGAAACGGCCAUUUGCACCCAUGAAAGCUUUGGACAUGGAUGCUGUCAUAUCUGAUAUCAUUGAUCACGUCAAAUAAUCUAAUGGGUGACCAAUGUAUGUAUGUAUGUAUGUAAGUGACCUACUGAAUUGACGACGAUAUUUUCUGCUUUGGUCAAUGUUUCUUAGGUAAAAGAGGAAACCUUUUUUGUAACCAUUUGAAAAGUUUCCUAGGUGUUCUCCGUUUGAGUUUUAGCAUCUAUGUUUCCUUAUUUUGUAAGCUCAACAAUUUUAAUUCAUGAAACUGAAAUUUGUGAUGCUAA